CUGUACAGACAUAACCCGACGCCACAAUGUCCGCCACCGAUGCGCUCUACAAUCGUCCAGGCCCAAAUCGCCUGAGGCAGGCGGAUGCCUACCGCACCACAAACCGCGAAGACGCCGUCAAGAUUCGGCUGGCCAAGGAGGGGAUUGGCGCCGAGGAGCCCAUCUCGGUGCCCGGUCUCCUGAAGCGCACCGUCAACAACUACCCCGACUAUCCGGCCCUGCGCACCAAGAACGGAAAAAACGGCUAUCACACAGUCACCUACAAACAAUAUGAACAGAAGGUGCACCAGGUGGCGAAGGCCUUCAUCAAGCUCGGCCUGGAGGAGCACCACUCGGUGGGUGUACUGGCCUUCAACUGCGCCGAGUGGUUCUACUCGGCCAUGGGCGCCAUCCAUGCACGGGGCAUCAUCGCCGGCAUCUACACCACCAACUCCGCGGACGCAGUGCAACACGUCCUGGAGAGCUCGCACGCCCAGAUUGUGAUCGUCGACGACGCCAAGCAGAUGGAGAAGAUUCACUCGAUCCGCGACAAGCUGCCGAAGCUGAAGGCGGCCAUUCAGAUCCAGGAGCCCUAUGCUCCCUACCUGAAGAAGGAGGAUGGAUACUAUAGGUGGUCGGAGAUCGAGUCCAUGAACGUGGCCGACGUGGAGGAUCAGUUCAAGACCCGCCUGGAGAACAUCGCCAUCAACGAGUGCUGCUGCCUGGUGUACACCUCCGGCACGGUGGGCAUGCCCAAGGGCGUAAUGCUGUCCCACGACAACAUCACCUUCGAUGUGCGUGGCAUCGUGAAGGCGAUGGACCGGGUGGUGGUCGGUGAGGAGUCGAUGGUGUCCUACCUACCACUGUCGCACGUGGCCGCCCAGACGGUGGACAUCUACACGUGCGCAUAUGUGGCCGGCUGUAUCUGGUUCGCCGACAAGGACGCCCUGAAGGGAACGCUGGUAAAGUCACUGCAGGAUGGACGACCCACGCGCUUCAUGGGCGUGCCCCGUGUCUACGAGAAGUUCCAGGAGCGCAUGGUGGCCGUGGCCAGCUCGAGCGGUAGCCUGAAGAAGAUGCUCGCAGGCUGGGCCAAGGGCAUCACGCUGAAGCACUACAUGGUGAGUCAAGGCAAGAACACCGGUGGCUUCCGCUACAAAAUUGCCAAGUCGCUCAUCCUGUCCAAGGUAAAGGAGGCCCUUGGUCUCGACCGGGCACUAACCCUGGCCAGUGCCGCUGCCCCCAUGUCGCCAGAGACGAAAAAAUACUUCCUCAGCCUGGACCUGAAGAUCAUAGAUGCCUUCGGCAUGUCGGAGACGGCCGGAUGCCACACCAUCUGCCUGCCGGACUCUGUCACGCUCAGCUCCAUUGGAAAGACUCUUCCCGGCUGCGAGACCAAGUUCAUCAACAAGGAUAGCAAUGGCCACGGCGAACUCUGCAUCCGUGGACGUCACGUGUUCAUGGGAUACAUCGACAACAAGGAGAAGACCGAGGAGGCCCUUGAUGAUGAGUGCUGGUUGCACUCCGGUGACCUGGGCUUUGUGGAUGACAAAGGUUACGUUUCGCUGACAGGACGUUCCAAGGAGAUCAUCAUCACAGCCGGAGGCGAGAACAUUCCGCCCGUACACAUCGAAAACACGAUCAAGAAGGAGCUCGACGGCAUCUCCAGUGUGUUUUUGGUCGGAGAGCAGCGAAAAUAUUUGACUGUGCUGGUUACCAUUAAGACGGAAGUUGAUAAGGACACUGGUGCCCCUCUGGACGAGCUGAGCCACGAGUCCUCCGUGUGGGUCAAGUCGUUGGGAGUUGAGUACAAAACCGUUUCGGAGAUCCUCGCCGCCGGACCCUGCCCCAAGGUGUGGAAGUCCAUCGAGGACGGAAUCAAGCGCGCCAACAAAUACUCCAUCUCCAACGCCCAAAAGGUUCAGAAGUUCGCCAUCCUGAAGCACGACUUCUCCAUUCCCACCGGCGAGCUGGGCCCCACACUGAAGGUCAAGCGCAGCGUAGUGGCCAAGAUGUACGCCGACGAGAUUGAGGCCCUCUAUGCCUAGGAUAUUCCCGAUUUGAGGACCGGAUUUGAGAGGAGAUGAUAUAGCCGGUAGACGAAUUUGAGCUUUAAUGUGAAAUUGAAUUUAACGGACUUUCAAGCCAUUGAGUGCCACUACAAUUAGGAAAUAGGCUGAUGUUAACUUUUGGAUAUUAUACUUAGAACGAAGGCGCUGCUUGCCGAGUUAGACAUUAGCUUGCCCCGAUCGGAUCCAGAGAUCUUUUAAUUAGUUUCUAAUAUUUAAUGAUAAAGUGUAUGCUGGUUGGUUGUACCGACUGAAGCGAGUUGUUUAUUGCCUGAAGAGCGACAAUAAAUUUGUAUCAAAAAUAUAAAAAA